AACUUUGUGAGCUAUUGUACACUUGUACACUUGACACAACUGAAAUGCUUCUCUAUAUAUAUCGCAGAUUGUUGUGAAAUAAAAUCAUUGUGUCUGUUGGUCUCCAAAGAUGAACAAGGCUGUGGUUUUCUUCUUCGUGGUAGGCCUGAUGGUCUCCGUUGCGCAAGGUGCAUGCCACCUUGCCGGGUGGGACCAUCCUACACACAGCAAGCUCAGCGCCAGUCCACUACAGGUUCCUGACGACUGCAGCAGCGAGACGCUGCGGAACUUUGCGACCGACUGUGGACUCCAGGAACACUACAAGGGCAACCACUUCAUCGUGAGCAACGCCAAUAGCCCUUUCGGCGUCGUCUCGAUGAUUCCAGAGCACAUUAAAGAUUACGGCACGUGCGAGAGAAUCGUACAAGAACUCAACGAGAGAUGCACAUACGACUUCUAAAGCUACUUACGCCGCUUUAACGUGAACGCCAGCUGAAGCCGUAACGACCCCUUCUACUAAGACAUUCAAUUUGUGUAUAUUAUAACUAUGUUUUAACUUCAGCUUUAGAUUUGUUUGAGUUGUAUUGACACCUUUACCCUAAUCAUCGAAUGGAUUUUCAUGUGUAAUCAGAAAUCAAAUAUUUAGUAUUAUUUGUUCAAAUCCGAUUUAACACAUUUUGUUGUUUCUAGAAUGUUUUCUAUUUCAAAUGUUAUCAGCAAAAUUGACUGUUUGAUGCAAGGUUCCUUCGAUAAAUAGACCAUUGACGGUUAAAUUUGAUUUUCUAAAUUAAUUUAUAUUUAUACUCCGAAUCUGUGUCUUCUGUACUACUAAUAAAUACUAUUGCAUUA